CUAUAUUUUCUGAUGAUUUAUUAACUGAAGUCAUGUGUUCUAAGUGGGUUUCAGUAAGCCUGCCGUAUAUUAAUGGUGGUCAUGUAUUGUUUGCUGGAUUGUCUAGGGCUGCAAUUCCGGUCAUUCAUCACUUUAAUGGCAGUUUUUUGAGCUGUUUUAAUGGAGUUUUUUCAUGAAUUCUGUUCUUGACCUUCAAGUACAAUACUGAUUUUGCUUUUGUGAAAUGUGCACUGUGUUUGUUUUCAGGGUUACAUCGUAAUACAGGAGAAGAAGAGAAAUGAAGGAGUUUGCUGUUCAGGUUGAGAGUGGCCGUGAAGGACGAGAUGGGGAGCCUUCGGUUGGUCCGAUUUAUCGGAAUUUACUAGAGAAGGAUGGGUUUCUACCACAACAUCCUGACAUAAAUACCUCCUGGGAUAUUUUCAGGACUUCUGUAGAGAAGUAUCCAGGGAAUAGAAUGCUUGGAUGGCGUGAAAUUGUCGAUGGAAAGGUUGGUCCUUAUGCAUGGAAAACAUAUAAACAAGUCUAUGACGAGGUUCUGAAUAUCGGUUCUGCAUUACGAGCAUCUGGUGCUGAACCCGGUGCCCGAAUUGGAGUUUAUGGAUCAAACUGUCCCCAGUGGAUCGUUGCAAUGGAGGUUUGCAAUGCUCACAGCUUAAUAUGUGUUCCUCUCUAUGAUGCUCUUGGGUCUGGAGCUGUUGAUUAUAUUAUAGAGCAUGCGGAAGUGGAUUAUGUUUUUGUCCAAGAUAAAAAAGUGAAACAACUUUUAAACUCGGAAUGCAAAUCCGCCAAAAGAUUGAAAUUGAUUGUUUGCUUUAGUUCAUUCACAAAGGAACAGAAAGAUGAUGCAGUUAACAUUGGCAUGACACCAUAUUCCUGGAAUGAGUUCCUUCAAAUGGGUAAAGAAAAUCCAGUAGAACCUUGUCCACCUCAGUCUUUCAAUAUAUGCACAAUAAUGUACACAAGUGGGACUAGUGGUGAUCCAAAAGGUGUUGUUUUGACUCACGAGAACACCGCAAUGUAUGUACAAGGAGUUGAUUUGUUCUUGGCACAAUUUGAAGACAAGAUGACUGUGGAUGAUGUGUAUCUUUCAUUCCUUCCCCUUGCACAUAUCCUGGAUCGAAUGAUUGAAGAAUACUUUUUCCAUUCGGGGGCUUCAGUUGGGUACUUUCAUGGGGAUCUCGAUGCAUUGGUGGAAGAUCUAAUGGAGCUAAAGCCAACAUUCUUCGCUGGUGUGCCAAGAGUUUUCGAAAGGGUUCAUGAAGGUGUUGUGAAGGCAUUACGAGAACUUAGACCAUUAAGAAGGAAGAUUUUUUACCUUCUUUAUAGAUACAAGCUUGGAUGGAUGAGUAUGGGAUAUAAACACAAAUUUGCGUCUCCACUGUCAGAUUUACUAGCGUUCCGUAAGGUAAAGGCUAAAUUAGGUGGUCGAGUACGCCUAAUAGUAUCAGGAGGUGCUCCGUUGAGUUUUGAACUGGAAGAAUUCUUGAGAGUUACAAGCUGUGCUUUUUUUGUCCAAGGCUAUGGAUUGACAGAAACUUGUGGGCUGAGUACAAUUGGAUUUCCAGAUGAAAUGUCACUGGCUGGAACAGUUGGUGUUCCCUCAGUAUUUUCCGAGGUACGCCUAAAGGAGGUCCCAGAAAUGGGUUACAAUCCACUCGGUAAUCCUCCAUGCGGAGAGGUAUGCGUGAGAGGAAGAACAGUUUUUUCAGGAUACCACAAAAAUCCUGAGCUGACGAAGGAAGCCUUUCGAGAUGGAUGGUUUCAUACAGGGGACAUAGGUGAAAUAUUACCAAAUGGAGCUUUGAAAAUAAUUGAUAGAAAGAAGAAUAUCUUUAAACUCUCCCAAGGAGAAUACGUCUCUGUGGAAUAUCUAGAGAAAGUCUAUUCAUUUAUCCCAAUUGUUGAUGAUAUCUGGGUAUACGGGGACAGCUUUAAGUCGAUGCUGGUAGCAGUGGUUGUACCAAAUGUAGCAAAUACUAAGACUUGGGCAAGUUCAAACGGUCAUACAGGUUCUGUCUCUGAACUAUGUUCGCUGGAAGCUCUGCGAAAUCACAUUCUCUUAGAGCUAAAGCACACAGCCGAGCAAAAGAAGCUGAGAGGUUUCGAGAAUAUCAAAGGAGUUAUUUUGGACCCUCUACCAUUCGACGUGGAGAGGGAUUUGGUAACUCCAACCAUGAAAAAGAAAAGAAAUCAACUACUCAAACACUAUCAGGUGGAAAUCAACGAACUCUAUGAAAGCUUAGGACGAGCCCAUUAACCGUACCGAGGGAAGUGACAAGAUCUUAGCGCUAGCAUAAUAGUAGCAAUUAAGCAAAACCUGUCUUAAGAACUUAAGAGAGGUGCAUGAAUUCUAUGCGCGAAUGUGAAGCUUUCUGUAAUCGUUUCAGCAAAUUUACAUUGUUCCUUCGUUCCAAUAAAGCAUGGGGAAUAUACAUCAUAUAGGAUCAAUCUAUAUGUAAUGGAUAAGAUGUAUGAGAUGACAAAACAAAACCCUUAAAAGUGUGUGUGAUAUAAUCGAUCAAAUUGUAUGAAAACUACAAAAAACGAAACCUUACUAGAA